AUGCCGCACACACAGUCUGCCGCCGAGCUUCUCGAGCUCGGCAAGGCGUUCUACGGCCAGCGGAACUACGAGCGUGCCCUCAAGGCAUUUAUCCAUGCCUUCGGCGCGUCUGCCUCCAGCGACAUCAGGUUCCUGGACAUGGCCGUCGCCUGCCACAUCAAGCUCGGCGAUCUGAUUUCAGCCCUGGCCCUAGGCAGGAAAAUGACCAAGCACGCCGCCCAGGAUGCCCGCGGCUAUCUUCGCAUGGGCCAGGUCCUGCACUUGCAAGAGAAGCCUGAAAUGGCCAUUGAGGUCUACAAGCUGGGUCUCCGCCGCUGCCCGUCCGAGGACCCCGAGAAGAUUCGUUUGAUGCAAGCGAAACGCGACGAACUGACCCGGCGACUGACCCCGCCAAAGUCCCAAGAUCCCAUUGUUGUGCUCCCUGCCGAGGUCAUGGACUUGGUCAUGGAGCACUUGAAUUUCAAGCAGCGAGUAACUUGCCUACGCGUGUCCAAGCACUGGAGAGACUUCCUGUCACAUCAGGCGGUGCUGUGGUCAGAGCUGGAUCUAUCCCUCGCCCGGAGGCCUGUGCCGCAGGCUUUCGUUCGAAAUUGCAUAUAUCGCUCCAAAGACAAGAGGACCAACGCCUUCCUGUUGCAUACCGCCAAGUUCAAUCGGAUGAGAGACCCGGAAAUGGUCAUGAAGCUCGUCAAGGCCUGCCGUAAACUGGAAGCACUCGAGUUUCUGGGCUCCGAGUUAUCUGGCUCCUCCAUUAAAGAUCCCGUACUUCACUGCCCUGCUCUACGAUCCCUCAAACUUGGCAGGUUCGCCGCCAUUACCUUGGACGUCGUCACUCAGAUCCUGAAGGCGCGACUCACGCUGGUCACCGCCGAGUUCGAGUACAUUGAGGCUCGAAGGGAUGCAACUUGGGACACCGACCUUCCCAAUCUCCAAUCUCUUUCCCUGGGGGCUGGCAGCGUCCAAGAGCUUGGUGUCCAUGUCCUCGCUCCAACUGAGCUCAUCAAUCAUAUACCAAACAUUAAAAAAUUAGUCCUCACAGGCUGGAAGUACCACAUGGGCCUUGCCGUUAACGCAGACUUCACUAGCCUCCAGCAUCUUGAGACUUUGCAUCUUAUCAACACCUUCUUCGCAUCACAGCCUCGCCUGCCGAAGUCUAUCAAACAUCUUACUCUAACAGCCAGUUGGGGGUGGAGCGGACAUCCUUCCAUGAUAAGGAUGGCAGAAACUAACCUACCAGUCAUCGAAGAGCUCAACUACGUCAAUGAGGGUGCGGAGCGUGAUAAUACUCGUUCCUUCAUACACGCCCUUCUACACGAAUCCAACAGCGAAGUUGCCGAAGAUGACUCCUACAAAAUAACCCAUGGCGAAUCCCUUAACCAUCCCGAUGACAGCUCUCUCCGCAAAUUUUGGCUGGAACGCUGUCCCUCGAGCUCGUCGGAAGAAAUCAUCAGGCUCCUGACUGAGCUGCCUCGUCUCCACGGCGCCGAGGACUUGACUCUUGUACAGGCCGAAUUCCCUGAUGAAGUCGCAUUUGCGCAAGCAAUCAUCGGUGCUUCCCGAACCCCCGUCAAACGACCCCCUUCGCUCGCCUCGAUGCUAACUGUGGAUGCAGACCAUUACCGCAACCUCAGACGUCUCAGCAUCCCCAGCUGCAAGAUAACCGGUGUCGGCAUCAAGAUGCUCAUCAAGGAACUUCGAAACCGAGCGCCCUCGAACGGUGGUGGACCAGACGAGAAGCGAGCGAGCGAGGGCUUGGAGUAUUUAAACCUGGAUUGGUGCACCAGUAUCUCCUCGGAUGCCAUCGAGUGGGCCCGAGGCCAGGGUAUCGAGGUGUCUUGGAGGACGACGGUACCGACGGCAUCGGGGAAGAAGGUCAAGUAUGCUUGA